AUGGCUGCCUCACUACCACCCGAUCUGCGGGUUCUAUGCCGCAAACUCACCUCAAUUCCCCCAACUCAGCUCCCUCAUGCGCUGCCAUCUCUCAUCAACCACAUCCUACACUGCAAAGAACCAUUGUCAGCGCCUUCGGACCGUAAGGUCAAGGAUAGCUCCUCGGAAGGCGCUCAGCUUGUCCAUAAGCUCAAGGCCAGCAUUACUACUCAUCUCAAUGGUCGAAGCCGUGAGGCUAGGUUUGCUGCAGUUGCUCUAAUCAAGACUGUGGUUGACGUUGGUGGAUGGGAAAUCCUACGAGGUUGUCAACCAUGGGUCACUGGACUCCUGUCUGUAGUUGAGAAAAGUGACCCCGUUGCUUCAAAGGAGUUGGCCAUUGUGACUCUCACACGCAUUUACAUCUCAGUCCAGCCAUAUCAGACCCUUGUCCGAGAGAUUGCCACACCAACAAUCCCAACAUUUGUUACAGCUUGCAUAAAGCUCAUCAGCUUGCCCAAGAACGGCGAGAAGCUCCAAACACCACUGUCUGUCAUUGAGACUAUUUGCGACGCCUUAUCGGCCUUGAUUCCUCUUUACCCAACAACCAUUCGGCCUUCAAACUCCAAGCUCAGAACAGCAGUCAAGCCUUAUCUUGUUCCUACACAAUCAGAUGAGAAUGUCAUUCCACAAAGUCUUCAGCGAGCUUCGCGAAAACUCGUUAUCUCGCUUCACCAAGUUGCUGCCAAGUCAGGAGGUAGUGAUGAGUGGGCCAGGCUGAUUGACACUCUCCUGAAGGAGCUACACUCUACGGCGGACCAAGUGCUCAGAGCCGUCGAGGAAUCAUGGGAGGGAACAAGCGGCUUCACUCGAUCGCAAGUUGAACUCGAUAAUGAGCCGAAUGGCGGUGGCUCAUCUGCGGAAGAGCUCCCAGCAUGGGCAGGAAUCAACGCUGGAGCUGAUCGUUUAAUUGGCCUAUUCCAGUAUCUGUCUGAUUGUCUGCGAUAUCCUACCAAGGCUCCCGUCACGAUACCUACAAGCGCCCUUGUCGACGCCGCAUCUAGGUUACUUCUCAUAGCCAGACUCUCGCCCAAGUCCCAAACUUGGGAUCAAGCGCUUCAGACCAACGCUGCGAUUGCCAGGGAAGAGAAGGAUGAGCUUUGGGCUGCGCUACCAGAUAUUCACAUCGCUGCUCUGCACCUCAUUGAAGCCUUGUUCCAGCGUCUGGGUCAGAACGCUGUGUCUAUUGCCCCAGAGGUCCUUGACCACCUUGUCCGAGUAUUCAAAUCAGGAAUCAACCUUCCCAUAGUCCGAACGACUGGAUACACUGUCCUCAAAGAGAUCUUGCUUAUCUCUGGCCCAACACUAUCCAAGCCUUCAGUUGGUAGCUUGGAUCCUGUGUUUGGCGCUUGUUGUCGUGACUUGCAACAAGAUGCGGGCCACCUUAAAGAGGCUGAGAAGCCAGCGGCAACUGGCACCGAUAGUAAGAAGAACAGCAUCGCUGCCAACGCUGAUCUUUUCCUUCAGCCCCAAGCCGCUGCCGUUGUCUCAAACCCGUCCCUAGAGCCCAAGCACAGGGCCGCUGCUGCCAACCUCUUGCCCGUUAUUUUGUCAAAAGUACCACAGCGACAUCUCAAGGCCUCUUUGCGUGGUCUCGUUGACCAGACAGCUAUCUUGACAAAUAGCCGUGACGCUAUGCUGGCAAGUGUUCUCAACCCAUACAAGGACCAACGUGGGCGAGUGUAUCCUAGCAUUCUUCCCCAUCUUACUCAACAAUUCCCCGAUGAUAAAGAUCUUGAGAUUCUGCGUACCAACAUUCGUGCGGUUGCUCAGAGUCUCGCUGAGGGUGAAGAGUCAUUAGAGUCUCUCCCUAUCGAAGAGGAGGGAGAGGAAGAGGAGCAAGAUGAGGAGAUGAAGGAUGGUGGUGUCGAGGAGCAAGAUGCAGUGCCUGAAAAGAAGGGUGACUUGUUCAAGCCAGGAGCACUGCCCACAAUUUCACAUGCGGAGAAGAAUCUCCCCAUUCAGAGCAAUCCAUUUGCUCCUAUUGAGAAAGCUGCUCCCUCAACUGAGAAUGCCUUCGCACGGGCAUCCUCACCACCAAAGCGAAAGCACGAAGGUUCAGAUUCUGCACCUCCGAAGAGACAGGUUCUGGAAAAGUCGUCUUCUCCUGAUCGUGUUCUCCCGGCGCCCAUACCAAAGGCCCCAGUUGUGGCCAAGGAACCCGAAGAGGAUGACGAUGACGAUGACGACGAUGAUGAGAGCGUUCAUCUCAAUAUGGAACUGGACGAUGAUGAAGACGAAGAUGAGGACUAG